AUGUACGUGGAUCACGCUUUCUCGAUUUCCGAUGAGGACAUAAUGAUGGAGACGCCGUUCACCAUGAGCAACCAGCCACCUAUAAAGGAGAUCGCCCUCGCCAUUGCUCUUCUCUUCUUUGGAACCCUAGGCAUCGUCAUCGGCUCCCUCAUGGCCUACAAUCAUGUCGGGGGCGACACCGCUCAUGGUAUGUUCUUUGCGAUACUGGGAUCAAUCUUGUUCAUUCCGGGUUUCUACUAUACACGGAUUGCGUAUUACGCUUACAAGGGAUACAAAGGCUUCUCUUUCUCUAACAUACCUGCCGUAUAG